CAAUCAGGUUGAUGGGUAAUGAACCACGACCGCGCGCUAAAUUCUUGCGGCAGUAUUUUGUCAUACAUUCGCGGGAGAACAGCUUUGCCAGCAACUAUUUAAAUUUAUGGCAUUUAUUUGAGGUACUUGGCAGGCGGUAGCUGCGUGUUAUUAGUACAACCUUUACAGUUUGUUGGCUGCACACUACUAGACAGUUUCCUAGCUAGCUAGACAGCUAACGUUAACAACAUAACUGGCAAACAUUUUGCAAGAGGUCUGUCGUUUUGAUCCAAAGUAUCUAAUAUGGCAACCAUAUGUCACUCAAGACGUGCCCUGAUGGAAAUCCCAGCUCCACAGCCGAAAAUUGCAGCUCGAAUGAGAAGGUCCUACCUGGAGGUUCUAAGUUCACGCAUAGCUCCAUUCUCAACCACUUCUAGAGGCAGAAACCUGACCAGCAAUUCAAAACGUGGGCAUUCAUUGGACCCAGCCAUAUACAGAACAGGAAGUAGUCGGAGUGAGGCCCAAAGUGAAAGAAUGGAAGAUGACCAGACGCCCAUGUCCAACCAGCAGCUUGUGCAGCUCAUAAGAUCUUUCAUCCUAGUAGAACAGGGGCAGAGGCAGGAGCCCAGAGCCCUCACUACAGACCUGAAGCCGUUACAGGAGGACUUGCACCUGAAGAAGACCAAUGUCUACAGAUCUAUACCCUACUCACGCCUGGGGUCCAACAGAGACGCACACUGUUACAGAAAGGCAUAUCCACACCUGGUGGUGUUUAAAGUUUCCUGCCAGGAGUGGGGUCAGCUGCUGCUGCAGAACGAGGAGUGGGAGUCUGCUCUGGAGCACGCCCUAGUGGCGUGGAGGUACACCAGUGAGCUGCCACAGUGGGACACCAGCAGCCACAACUUGGUGAGGGAACAGUGUUACAGCAUGCUGGCAGCCCACUGCAUCACAGCUCUACAGCACUACUGCCCAGACCCCAGCAAAGCCAUAGAGCUGCACAGGAGGUUUAAAAUGGCACAGCUGCACAGUCAGUUGAUCUCUCCUUGUAUUCAGGAGCUGGAGAGAAGCCUCGGUGAAGCACAGGUUUGUUCCAUGAACACCCACUGAAAUGGCCAACACUAAGAUCAGCUGACAACAAUCAGCACGGCUUCCAAGUCUAUGGGGUUGCACUAUUGAACAGCGUAUAUCAGUGGUUGCCAUUCAAUUAUGUUUGGUAUCCUUGCCUUGUGUUGCGCUAUUCCCCUUGCCUACAGUAUUCCCUUAGAGUAAAUACAAGAGAGCUUUGAAUUUUGGUAUGCUGUUUUUUAAAUAUGAAUUUAAGAUUUUUAUAUUUGUUGUUUUGUAAAAUGUGUUUAUUGCCAUUGAACUAUUGAAUGUUAUCACAAGGAAAUUAUGAAAUGGCCUUUAACAUGUGAAAUGCUGUCAUAGGGAAAUUAUGAACUGUCCUUUUCACCAAUAUAUUUUAUGUGGGGGAUGUUUUUGUGGAUGUGUUGAAAGAUGCCACGAUACAUGAAACAGCUGCCUUAUUUCAACUUGGCUGAAUGCUACCUGUUUUGUAAAUAUUUGUCUAAAGUAACUGUUUUGCACUGUUUUCUUCAUCCUGGAAACUUGACAUUUUGAUAAAAUCGAAUCUAAUUUAAUAAAAUUCUACUUAGUUUUUCGA